AUGAAUGAGAAAUCUGCAGAAAUCCGCAAAAAGGGCCAGAUAUUCCGCCCUAAUGUGUUUGUGAAGGCCCUGCGAAAGCUUCCCAACCUCCAUGAUAAGCAGUAUGCCCUGGACGACAGCACGAGUGGCCCACAGGAGAACACCCUUGUCCUGCCGCUGUGCAAACAAAAUAAGAGGAUAGUGUACACUGUUUUAGAGUACAGCCCCUUGCUGGACUCUUGCAAUAUGACCACAGAUGACUGGGCUACAAUUGGGAAGGACAUUGAGAAACACUAUGAGAAGUAUGACGGUUUUGUCAUUCUCCACGGCACGGACACCAUGGCCUACACAGCAUCUGCUCUGUCCUUCAUGUGUGAGCAUCUGGGGAAGCCUGUCAUCCUCACCGGCUCCCAGGUGCCGAUCUAUGAGAUGAGGAACGAUGGAAGAGACAACCUGUUGGGGGCGCUGCUGAUCGCUGGUCAGUUUGUUAUUCCUGAGGUUUGUCUGUAUUUCCACAACAAGCUGUACCGGGGCAACCGUGUGACCAAGGUGGAUUCUGGGAGUUUCAAUGCCUUCAAUUCUCCUAACCUGGCUCCUCUGGCCAAUGCUGAAGUGGAUAUUAAAAUUAACUGGGACACGGUGUGGAGAGCAAACACAACCUCGCGGUUCAGAGUGAGCACUCAGAUGAACCGUAACAUGGGUCUGCUGAGACUUUUCCCAGGCAUCACUGCGAUGACCGUGAAGUCCUUCCUGCAGGCGCCCAUGGAGGGCAUUGUCCUGGAGACGUAUGGUAGUGGAAACGCCCCUGACAACCGUGCUGACCUGCUUGAGGAGUUCCGGAAUGCCACAGAGAGGGGCGUGAUCAUGGUCAACUGCACCCAGUGUCUGAGGGGUUCUGUCACCACAUCGUACGCCACUGGAAAGGCCUUGAGUGACGCAGGACUGGUGGCAGGCUGUGACAUGACUUCUGAGGCUGCCCUGUGCAAGCUGUCCUACGUGCUGGCCAGGAUGGACCUCACCAUAGAGAACAAAAGAAAGAUGCUGAGUCAGAACCUGCGGGGAGAGAUGAUCGCUGACCUGCAGGGGGCCAAGCUCACUCUGAGCGAUGACCUGAUGAAGUCUCUGAGCAUCAGCUGUAAGGAGGAGCUAGAAGCUGCCCGGGAUGCUCUGACACCCACCUUAGCUUGUGUCGCUUCUAAGAUAGGAGACUUGGAGGCCAUAAAGGAGAUGAUAUGGGAGUUUAUCAUCAAUAUUGGAUUUAUUUUCAAAUUCUUUGUGGGUCUGUGCAAGGGUGCCGCCAGGGAUUUUGGGCUCCAUGAAAAGAUAUCACAUUACCACCACCACACCAACCCUGCGCAAUUGCUGUAA